AUGAAUGUUUUGAUUAUUGUUGCGAUUUAUGCGUGGAUUGAGAAUUUUAUUGGGAAAUUUAUCACUGUUCCGUAUACUAUUGGUUAUUGGAAAAUUAAUGGUUUGUUGGUUUGUAGAGGGAUUUUUGGAAAAAAAUUGAAAUUGAUGGGUAAAUUUGGUCUUUUGGUUUUUUGAAGAUUGAGAAAAUUGAUAUUUUCAUUGAGAAAAUACUGGUAAAAUUAUUGGUUUUGGUGUGAUUUUUGAUUUUCAGAGAUCUACAACAAAUAUGAUUCGAUCUCUGAACUUCCAGGUGAUUUCCUUAUACUCUCAACUUUCAGAUUCUUCAUUCUCCACAAUCAACAAUGACAUCAGACUUGAUCUUUGGUGGACUGAUAAAUCAUCGGAUAUUCCAAAAAUCUCCGAUUAUCAAUCAAUUCUCCCUCUCAUUAUUGGCGGAGUUUUUCAAUGGCACUAUAUUUAUAUAAUUAUUUCUUCAUUGUGUGCAAUUAUUGCGGAAAGAACUUUUGCGAGUAUAUUUUUGAAUAAUUAUGAGAAUCAACCAAGGUUAUGGAUUUUGAUUCUGAUUUUUAGUGGGCAACAUUUGUGUGGAUUUGGUUGUGUGUAUUUGCUGACUUUUAAUUUGUUGAGAUUUGAUAUUGUGAUAUUUUUGUGCAUUUUUUGCUCUUUUGCAGCGCUUGGGGUGAGUUUUUAAAAUUUUUCAGCUGUUUGAAAGUAGUGAGUUUUCAGGAGAGCUCUGACAUCUGAAAAAGCAAAAUCUGAAAACUCAAUUAAUUAAUUGGGAUUUUCAGAUGUUUCAUCUGUGAGUAAAUAAGCGAUUGUUUUCCAAGAAAUCAUGUUUAUAAAAUACAGGGUGGGGAAUAAUUAUUGAUACACGUUCAAAAAGUCCCCGUGUUCAACGAAGGAGGUAGAUGAUGAUUUUAUCCGUCUCAACUAUUUUCUAGAACCUAUAUCAAUAAUUUUGUGAAGUAAAAAGUUUACUAGUUGUCUUCGUUUAGAAUACUCAUGCGCCGGGACUCAGCGCGUUUUUCUGUCACGGUAUGCACCUUUUUUUUACAUCUUGAAAUUUUCUUCAGUUCAAAUUAUGUUUUUUUAUUCAUUAUAAUAUGGUAAUAUUUGUUUUGGAAAUGAUUCAAGAUGUCUUUGAGUAGAAAAUUUCAGCUCGAUAUGAUUUUUAAAGUUUUGGGAGACACAUCUAGAAUGGGGGCAAUGUUUUCAAUCAAGAAAUUCAGUUUUUCGCACUUUUUUGAGCACAAGCUUGUGUGAAACUUUCUGAAUCGUGAUAUAUGAGUUGGAACUAAUGUAUAUAGUCCUAAAAAUCACAACUAUAACCUAUAACUUCAUUAUGGAUCAGAAAUUAAAACUUCGGAAGCUGAAAACCUAUUUUUCAAUUUUCAAAAAUGAAACUUCUGAAAAGUGCAUGUUAGAAAGGUGUCCCACUCUAACACCAGAAUAGACUGAGAAGAUAUACGUACUAUGGAUUUAGUAGAGGAACAUGUGGGCUUUCAAACCCACACAAUACAUAAAUAAAAUUUGAGACAUGACUGAAACUACUGGAGCUCAAAGUCAAAAAUAGGUGCGUAAUCAGACUGACAAAACGCUUUGAGUCCUGGCGCAUGGCUAUACCAAAUGAAGACAACUAGUAAACUUUUUACUUCACAAAAUUAUUGAUAUAGGUUCUAGAAAAUAGUUGAGACGGAUAAAAUCAUCAUCUACCUCCUUCGUUGAACACGGGGACUUUUUGAACAUGUAUCAAUAAUUAUUCCCCACCCUGUAGUCUAGUUUGUAAAUUUUCAGCUGUAGGAAGUUAGUCAGAAAUUUUUUGAAAAUAAAAGUAAUGUUGAUGUUUCACAAUCAGAAACAGGAAAAUUUUUGUGAAAAAAAAACAAUUUUUUCUCACACUUGAAAGUCAUAAGAAUUUUUCAAAUUCCAGAUCUUCGCAUUCAACUGGAGCUACAAUCUCAAAAAAACCAAACGAAAAUUCACAAAACAACAAAAAAGUGCCUACACCUUGGCCUGGAGAUUUCAAGCGGAAGAAAAUCUACACGCCAUUAAGGUUUGUAUUUUUUAUUUAAAAAAUGUUUUCCAAAAUUAACACAGAGAAUUCUAGCUCAUAAGACGGGUUAUUAUAGUUGGAACAUUUUUGAUAGUUUCCGGCUCAUCAAUUUUGAUCACUCUGGUAUUUUUGGACACUCAAAAUAGUGCGUUGACAAGACUGCUCAUAUUUAUUAUAGAAACAUUGCUAUUUUUGUGAGUCAUUUUUGAAUUUUGAAAGCCAAAAAAAUUUUUUUUCAGAAAUCCUCUGGUGCUUUAUCCUGUUUUUUUAUUUUCUGUUGACUCGUGGGCAAAAAAUUUCAAAGUUUCAAAGUUUUUCAAGAAAAAUCACACAAAUAAGAAGAAAAAUAAUAAAAUCGGAAACGCUACGGAUGUUUAUUUUGGACAGUUAUUGAAUUCAUGGAUGUGACCUUCAUUUUUUUCAAUCAUCAAUAAAAUAAUUCUUAUUCUUUUUUUUUUAAUUUGAGUUUUUGUUUCAUUUUUUAACAUGUGUUCUUGUUCUUUGUGGCUUGUUUCCUUAGAUUCAGAAACUUGAGAAAUCUGUUUGGUCCCUGAAAAAUUUCCAGAUGUUGGAAUGUGCCCAAAACUGAUUGA